UCACUUUUAACCGGAACUGUAAAAAGGGUUAAUCCGACGGGCAGUGACUGUGCCCGCACCGCUCGUCCCUCUCGGGGGGGUCAACAAACCUUCACGCGGCUCUACUGUGACUUACUUCACCCUCGCGUACCGGAAGCUGCGCGUCCUCACUGCGCGCCUCUUGACGCUGACCACUGAAGGGAAAACGGAGCAGAAGAGCGAAACAUGGCGACUUCGAACAAUCCGCGGAAAUUCAGCGAGAAAAUCGCUCUGCACAACCAGAAGCAGGCGGAGGAGACGGCGGCGUUUGAGGAAGUGAUGAAAGACCUCAGCAUCACUCGCGCAGCGAGGCUACAGUUCCAGAAGACUCAGUACUUGCAGCUGGGACCGAACCGUGGGCAGUACUAUGGAGGAUCUUUGCCAAAUGUCAAUCAGAUUGGAAACAGCACCAUGGAUAUGUCUUUUCAGAAUUCAGGGCUGGACACGAACAGAUCGACGCGGCACCACGGCCUGGUGGACAGAGUCUACCGAGACCGCAGUCGCAUCACAUCGAGCCACCAAAAACCGCUGUCGAUCGACAAACACGGACGCCAGAUUGACAGCUGUCCAUAUGGUUCAGUAUAUCUGUCCCCACCACCUGAUACCAGCUGGAGAAGGACAAACUCUGACUCAGCACUGCACCAGAGCACACUAGCUCCUUCCCAGCAGGCCUCGUUCACUGGAGGAUCACAGGAGCUGCAGCCAAAAAGAGUUCUCCUGCUCGCCGUACCAGGGGCUGAAGCAAUCAAACAAGAAACUGAUGAAAAUGGACAAAACCAGAACUGGGAGUCCUCAAAGAACAUUUCAAGGUCUGAGCCCUGUGAAGUUCCGGGGAUCAACAUAUUCCCGUCUCCUGACCAGCAGAUGACCACAUCACUAAAACCAGCAGCCCACAAUACUGGCGGUUCUCUCCCUGACCUGACCAACAUCCAGUUUCCUCCUCCUCUGCCAACCCCGCUCGACUCGGAUGAUGCAGUGACCGCCUCGUUCAGCUCCUCCAGCGGAGCGCAGACUCUGGCUAACACGCAAGGAGGCAACACCUCUGAGCCCACAGUAACCAUGGAGAUGCAGACUGGGCAGGACGACAUGGUUCCUCUCAUCCUGAAUGCAGGAGACUCCCACCAGCAUCAGAACCUACAGCUCUCCCCAACAUCGCCGCCUCUCACUCUCUCUCAGGCGGCCAUUAACGCCAUGAACCUUGAGCAGCAGCUGGCCCAGUACGCCUUUUUCAGCCAGCAGCCGUCGUCCCAAACUCACCAGAGCCAGCAAAUAGGUCUGGUCCAGCUGCAGUCCUCCGGGAACUCCUGCCCCGCGUCAGACAACCAGUCCUCCUCACAGGCCGACAUGACCAUGGACAUGAACACGGCCUCGUCCCUCCAACAGUACCGCAGUAGGGUCGGAUCCUCUGCCAAUCAGUCUCCAACCUCCCCCGUCUCCAACCAAGGCUUCUCACCUGGAGGUUCGCCUCAACAUAACUCCAUACUGGGCAGCGUGUUUGCAGACUUCUACGACCAGCAGCUCCCGUCCAUUCAGGCCAGUGCUCUCUCUCAACAGUUGGAGCAGUUCAACAUGAUUGAAACCCCCAUCAGCUCUGACGGCCUGUAUAACCAGACCUCCACCCUCAACUACUCCCAGGCGCUUAUGAUGGGAUUGACUGGUGGCCAUUGCAAUCUUCAGGACCAGCAGCUGGGCUACAGUUGCCAUGGAAACAUCCCCAACAUCAUUCUCACAGUGAGUGGGGAGUCUCCCCCCAGCCUGCCCAAGGACCUCACUGGCUCGGUGUCCACGGAUAUCAGCUUCGAUGUGGACUCCCAGUUCCCAUUGGACGACCUUAAAAUAGACCCGCUGACGCUUGAUGGCCUUCACAUGCUAAACGAUCCGGACAUGAUCCUUGCUGACCCUGCCACAGAGGAUGCGUUUCGCCUGGACCGGCUCUAACCGCCACACCACCUCACGUCCAGGUGUGUGAAUGCUGCUGCCCUGAGGGGGUGUGUGGGAAAGGGAAGGAUGGGGGGGGGGGGGGGGUGGGGUCAUACCUGAGAGAAUAAGGAUCCACAAGGAGCAACUUUCUGGAGGGUGCUGGUCAAGCUCCGAUUUCACGCCAACCAACUCAAUCCAACCCCACAAGAAUUGCUAUUGAAGACUGGCAACUUUGACAACUGGAAAGGGUUUACGGCCGAUGACAAGUUACGGUAUGAAUGACCUUCGCGGUUUCGUCACAACAAAUCACACUUUGAAUUUUGAUUCAUUUUAAGUGUUGAGUUUUCUUUCGAGGGCUUGAUGGAAAUCCAAUGAGGGCACAGGGAAGCUGGUCUGAUAUUCUUCGAUGACUAAACCACGUCAACAGAGCAAACCCUUAACAAUCUACAGUAUCAUAUACCUGUAAACGCAGGGCUUGAUGACUGGGAGGAAACACAAGCUAAACCUCCCUUUGCUCUCAGCAGUACAUUCAGUUUGGAUAUGUGGAAUGUUUUAGUUUAACACCGAGGCCAAUCUCAGGCCUAGUUUGAUUUUUCCCAAAUUUCCUCUAAAGUAAUUAGUGUCGAUGAGUCACUAUUUAUCCACCAAGUUGUUUUUGGGAGAUGCUGAUUUGACCUGAUUUUAAUUUUAACAUAGUAAAUAGCAGCCAUCAGUUAUGCAUGAAAUCACAAAUCACUGUGCAUACUUGUUUUGCCUUAAUAGCUUGACAUUUUGGUUUUCUUGUAAAGAUGACUAUUAUGUAAAUAGUACAAAUUCAACUGUCAUUGUUAAUGUUUUAUAAGUGGUUCAGCUUACAUAAUUCAUAGUUGCAUUGUAUUUUUGAGGUGCGCUGAUCUUUAUCCAUUACUUCAUCCAUUGUCAAUACCAUAUCAUUUUUCACGCAUCAGUCAAAUCUAAAAGGAUUAAUUGGUACUUUGUUUGGGAAUAGAUGUUUACAUGCUUGUUUCGUUUGAUAUUUUACAUGUACAGAAUGUGAUUAGAUUUUGCGUAAUGGUAUCUAUGCAAAACUACAGCGAUUGGUUUAGGACUGUAAAAUGAAAAAGACAAAAAUGAACCAUUUCAAAAAGAAGCCAAUGGGAAAGGUUCUUAUAGAAUGCACAGCAAUGGUGCCAUGUUAUAUUUCUUUUGAUACUUUUGAAACUCUUUACAUUUUCUUCUCAGACUGGUACGGUGUAGAGAAAAGGCUCGGUGUGUGUGUCAUAGAGUAGAAGCUCUCCUGGUUUUACUCCCAAAGAUGUGACCUCAGUGUAGAAAUAUAUAUAUUUUUCCAGACAAUUGAACUAUCUCUAUACUAGAACAGCAUUGUUGAUGCAAUGAGAAUGUAUUUAGGUCACAUCUGUACAGCUGUGUUGUUGCCAUCUUGUCAUCCUCAUUGCCUCUUAUAUCAGGCCUUCAUGUACUGUAGGACCAAAUAUAUUUCACCUGUUCUUUUUUUUCUCCUUGCAAAGGAGAUGUGACAUAAUGUUUUAUAUAUAACUUUUUAUUUAUUUUCAUAGCACUAAAGUGAUAAAGUAACUGUUUCCUUGUCUUGCUCGUGUUGUCAGUGCCCUUUAUCGAUGCCCUCCAUGUCUCUCCGGCUGUUGGUUCUGCAUUUAUUUGGUUUAAGCAUUUGCUCUUUAAAAAGUCCACUGUGUUUGGGAGUGGAUCAUAACUGUCUCAUCCCUUAUAUUGCACUUAAUGUAAUAAUUUAAAACACUGAUUUAUGAGAGUAUAUGUACCAAACCCCCCUGUGACUGUUAUGUGCACUGGACCUGUUUGCCCUGUCUUUGAUUAAACUUGCCUUCUUGUAAAAAAAAAAAGGAAAAAAAGAAAUAUAUUUAAAAAAGCUCAAUUAACGUAUAGUUAUUUUUGAAAAUAUACAGAUUUGAAAAAGAGUUUCUACUUAAUCAGUCCGUAUUUUGUUAGUAGUCCACGGUUACAGUUUUUCUGGAUUUUGGGAAACAUUUGUAUUUUGGAACGGUGGUUAUCAGAGGUGUGUCAAUCACAUUGCUGCUGCCCUUUCUGCUAUUGAGCAGGUUUGAGGAAAUAGAUCUAGAAAAAACAUGUGUAUGAUUUGCAAAUGAAAAGUGUAUUCAUUUAAAAAGCAAGUACAGUGAAGUGGGAUUCUCAGAUGAGUAUAUUUGAAACGUGUGUGUUAUCACAAUAUCGUGCAAGAUGGGAUGAAUAUAUUUGAAUUUACUCCAGAUAGUUAUUUCUAAAAUGCCCAAGACAAGUUCAUUUCAAUAUUUUACACUAUGAAAAAGAGAAUUCUGUAACUGUAACAUUGUCUCUGUUGAUGUGUGCCACGGUCCUCUAGUGCCAGCAUAUCCCAUCAUUAUUCUCACCUAAUGUAAAUGUAAGUUUAAAAAAUGUCAGUCAGCAAAAAUGUUAAAACUAAAUUGUUGAGCUUAAAGAUUUUCCCUAUUUUUUUUAAUAAAUCACAUUUCUUAAUUUUGUAUCCUUUCUCCAGUAUUUUCUCUAAUUUGGUGACAGCAUGGAUAUCUCCAAGUUUCUCCCUCCAUAGCUUGGGUUUUAUUUGUCAGCGUUUAGAUUUUCUUGUUUGGUAAUGUCCUUUGUUCAGAGUCACGUGUGGGCUAAUGUAUCUGCUAAGUGAAGCCUGAAAGCAUCGGAAAAAUGGUAAUCAGCCUUUCAUGCACAUGUAGGAGCUGUUGAUUGGUAUGUUUUACACUGCAAAAUACUGUAUGUGCUUAUUUUCUGUGCAACACCAACAGAGUUAAAUUAGGUCAUGGUAAAUCUAGACUAGCUUUGUAUAUUGCUGUAUGGUAGGAAUAAUGUUAUUCGUGCUUUAUGUGAUAUGAUGUCAAAGUGAGAAAAUGCACUGAGAAAUACUGCGCUGUAACAUGUCAUGUGGCUCGAUAUUCUCUGCUGGACCUCAGAGAGCCUGAAAUCUUUGUGGGUCCGUUUUCUGUUUUGAUCUUUUUUGUGCUCAUGUAGAUCGCUCUGAUGUGUCGCCUGUUACUGCCACCUCUUUAUGCAUCAACGAUAAGGCAUUCAUUGCUGUUAUACCAGUGUUUACAGAGACAAGAGUUUACGACAGAGCAAAGUUUGUUUACGCUCCAUAAAAUGUUUUUGUUGUUUUUCUGGAAUUGGAACAACUUGCAGUGUAGAAUAGAAAACUUACUUUGCUAUUUAGAUUCACCAGUGAAUCAGUAAUGUAAUCCCAAUACUAUGCCCUAAAUACUGCAUUAUAUUACGUGAAUUCAUUUUAUUUUCUUCAUUCAUUCCCAAGCAUUUCGGGCCCUGAAAACACUUUUUCUUUCAAUUACAGAUUUUUAUUUCUAAGGAAAUACACUUUCUAUCUACUUUACUAUGAGCAGCCAUAUGCCAUCUUAAGUUAUUUGUUUAACAGAAUCGGUACUAUUUAGAUUUUAUUGAAUUUAGUUUUAUAGUAGGUCUAUCAUUCACACUGUAUAUUCUUCUCUCUUUUAGUAUUAAUUAACAGUUGACCCAGAAAGCCAAAGUACAAAACAGCCAUAAAUAAGAGAAUACUUAGACAUUUUAUUCCUCCAACUGUUGAAGAAACCUUUCCCAUGUUUUGCUAAAUAUUGUACUGGGGUAUAAGUUAUUUCAACUAUGAACGUAUCAAUACAUUGAUUUUAUUGAACAUUAUGAAAUAAAUUAUUAUUAUUAAAUUAUUACACAAACUGAAUCAGAAAGAUGAAAUAGAGUAAGUCACUCACUCCAUGAAUCCUUUGUGUGCAUUUUGAGGACAACCCGCUGCUGGUUUCAGCCUCAUACAAUGGCAGCUAAAUUGUUAUAUAAUGUUUUUUUGUUUCUGAGAACAGUGAUACUAUUCCAACCACUGCACAUGCAUUUUACUGCCGUGAAGGGGUGCUCUACGCUCCUAAAGUAUGCUCACAGCAACAGGAAACAUUAAGCUCAUAGAAUAUGCAAAAUCUAGCAUUCUGCAGCACAGCUUGGCAAGUUGGUACUUUUUGAACUAACCCUUUAAAAAUGAUGUGGUUCAAACCUUGUCCUUUAAAUUGUGUGUUUUAUAUUUAAAUUGUCAAAUCGGACCAAACAAAUCCAAGUUGGCUGUAAAUGUUUGCUAUAUAAAAGAGGAAUUACGCUUCUGUUUGGACUGUACCUGAUGUAUUUUUCUUGUGUGAAGGCUUCUGUCUUUGUAUCUUUGCAUUAUUAUUUAUAAAUGAAUUGAAAAUAAAUAUACCUGACU